GUUUACAUUCUUUUAUUCCUACGGAACCUCACGUAAACCAAAUGUGUUUUUUUUAAAAUCGAGUCCCCGGAGCGUGUGACACAGCGGUGUCGGAUUUUCCCACAUGACUUGAACGCAGCAUCGUCGUCUGGUGAGAGUGGGUCAUCAGCUGCGGGCAGUCAGGUGUGGUCGGCGGGGUGACGGUGCGACUCAACCGGGACUAAAAACAACCAAACAACCGCCGCGGAUCUGUCGGCGUGCCCGGUGACCGAGCGCCGAGGAGCACCUUCCGGUAGACAGAAUCUUUCCAGAGUGAAGAAGUGAGCCUCUUCAUCGCUUCAUGGAGCUGAAACAUCAGAGGAACUGAAGUGGAAUCCGUGGAUGACAUUAAAGGAGCUUCAGCAGAUUUAACCGUCCUGACCUGCAGCGAGAAAGAGGAACGUCUCCGCGUCUCGCUUCUUUAUUUUUUUAUGUCUAUUCUUUUUCUUCAAGGGAAGCGGUCAACAAGUGGAUUUACGAUCAGCCGACAAUCCACAAAGUUCCACGCGGCCCCUGAACGCCUCAUCCCCACGUAUGGCCUUCAGUGUGUCAAUGCAUAGACUUCUAUGGAGACGGUGCGUUCAAUGACCAAGAAAAGAACUGAACGUGAAGGAAAAAAUCGAUGAGUCGUCGCGAGCUUGAAAUCCCCUGUUGGAGAGUCACCGGGCGGAACUGAAGUGGAACCAGGCGGCUGCUAGUAGGAACCCGGCAGGAACCCGGCAGGAACCAACAGGAACCGACAGGAACCAACAGGAACCAACAGGAACUGGCAGGAACCGGCAGGAACCGACAGGAACCGGCAGGAACCGGCAGGAACCCUCCGUGGCUUCACUGGAGGAUGACGUGAAGGACUCCAGCUGAAGGACUCCAGACUCGAGGACUACGUUGAACUGGGACGUCCUCUUGGCUCUGCGAUGCCUUUUGUUCCACUCUGAGCUCAGAGUUGGGAGGCGGAGGACUUUGAACCAGGACCAUCACCUCCUCCUCUGUAACGGGUUCUCCUGGUGGAUCCAGUACCAGGUCCAGAUGGCGGGGAAGGACUACCUUCAUCUCUUCAAGCUGCUCAUCAUCGGAGACUCCAAUGUGGGGAAGAGCAGCCUCCUGCUCCGCUUUGCAGACAGCUCCUUCUCUGGCAGCUACAUCACCACCAUCGGGGUGGACUUUAAGAUCCGAACGGUCGACAUCGACGGAGAGCGGGUCAAGCUGCAGAUCUGGGACACGGCGGGUCAGGAGAGGUUCAGGACCAUCACGUCGACGUACUACAGGAACACCCACGGGGUCAUCAUCGUGUACGACGUCACCAACCCAGAGUCCUUUGUGAACGUCAAGAGGUGGUUGAACGAAAUCUCCCAGAACUGUGACAACGUCUGCAAGAUCCUGGUGGGAAACAAAAAUGACGACCCUGCCAGGAAACGGGUGGAUACCCAGGAUGCAGUGCGCUUCGGGGAGUCGAUGGGGGUCCGCGCGUUCGAGACCAGCGCCAAAGAGAACGUGAACGUGGAAGAGAUGUUCAUGGCCUUCACGCACAUGGUGCUGCGGGCCAAGAAGCAGAGCCAGAGCCGAGCGGAGAGGGAGCGCGAGAAGGACACGGUGAACAUCAGCGGCCACCGCGACCGCCGCAAGAGAGGCAAGAAAUGCUGCUGAGCCUCCGGCAGGCGCCACGAGACGGACGCCACGAGACGGACCGGCUGUGUGAAGCGGCCUGGUGGUCUCUGGAGGUCUAAAGGAUCACUCUGGUGGUCUCUGGAGGUCUAAAGGAUCACUCUGGAGGUCUAAAGGAUCACUCUGGAGGUCUCUGGAGGGUUCAGCUCCGUUUCCUUUCAAGACAUUUCUGCAUCUAACUGGUGUUAAGUGGAUCUAACUGGCCACAUUAUCACAACGUGACUCUUUUUAUGACACGUGCACAGACUUUUGAUUUGCAUGAGUUCGUGACCUUCGAGCCAACGAUCUCCUGGGUCUAAGAAUGAUGAAUUAUUAAUGUUCAUGUUCCCAGAGGAGGAACCCCCCUCAUUGACCUUGUUAAACGUGUCAGACUAACUGAGUUGAUGAAUCAUUUGAUAGUUUGAGUGAAGCAGCUUUGAUGUUUUACUUGUUUUUCUUAACGCACUAAAGGAACGUGACCACUGAAAGGGAACGGGGAGCUGGUUACUACGGUAACCGUGUGAGUCUGUCGGCCUUGGUCCUGUUAGGAUGAGGCAGUAAUGUGUGUGUCAUUAGUAUGAUGAAUAUAAAUGUUGCCUCGCUAAUGUGUCAAAAUCCAAAUAAAGCAAUAAAUCCAGA